AUGUACCGCCGCAGCUAUGUUUACCAGGCCCGCCAGGAGCAGUACGAGCGCGCCGAGCAAGAGUCCGCGCGCCCGGCCGAGGAGUCGCGGGUGGCGGCGCCCAGCCUGGUGGCGCUGCAGGCCCUGGGCGAGCGCGUGGCCGCCCACAUCCAGCGGGCCCGGGCGCUGGAGCAGCGCCACGCGGGCUUGCGGCGACAGCUGGAUGCCUUCCAGCGACUGGGCGAGCUGGCGGGUCCCGAGGACGCCCUCGCCCGUUACGUCGAGGGCAACCGCCAGCGCGCCCGGGACCUGGCGGCCGAGCGCGCCAGGCUGGAGCGCCAGGGCGCAGAGACGCAGCGCGCACUUGACGAGUUCCGGAGCAAGUAUGAAAAUGAGUGUGAAUGUCAACUGGUGCUGAAAGAAAUGCUUGACCGGCUUAACAAGGAAGCUGAUGAAGCUUUGCUGAAUAAUCUGCACCUUCAGCUUGAAGCCCAGUUUCUGCAAGACGAUAUCACUGCAGCCAAGGACAGGUACAAAAAGAAUCUUCUGGAAAUUCAGACUUACAUCAGCAUCCUGCAGCAGAUCAUCCAGACUGCUCCUCCAGUGUCCACCAUUGCUGGUGGGAUCAGGGAGGAGAAGCUCCUGACAGAACGGGAAGUGGCUGUCCUACAGAGUCAGCUGGAGGAGGGCCGAGGGGUGCUGUCCCACCUGCAGGCACAGAGAGCUGAGCUGCAGGCCCAGACAACAACCCUGGAACAGGCUAUUAAAAACGCCCACGAGUGUUACGAUGAUGAGAUACAGCUUUACAAUGAGCAGAUUGAGAGCCUGCGGAAGGAGAUCGAAGAGGCUGAGCGGACGCUGGAGAAGUCUUCCUAUGACUGCCGGCAGCUGGCUGUGGCCCAGCAGACCCUGAGGAACGAGCUGGACCGAUAUCAUCGGAUCAUCGAGAUUGAAGGCAACAGGCUGAGCUCUGUCUUCACUGAGACUCCUGUCAUUCUGUUCACUCCAAGCCAUGGGACUUCUCUCAGCCUUGGAUCUACUGAGAAAGAUCUCACCAGGGCUGUGCAGGAUAUAACAACAGCUAAACCAAGACAAAAAGGCCUCCCCAAGAACAUUCUAAGAAGAAAGGAGAUUAUAACUCAAGACAAAGGAGGUGAAACUCUGGAAGAUGCACCAUUAAAAAGUGUGCAAGACACAAAGCCAGAGCAGGUGGAACUUAAAGAGGAAGGUGAAACUCCCUUGGAAUCAGGGGGUGGAGAAGAAAGUCCACCAACCCAAGAAGGGGGUCCAGAAGAUGUGCCAGAUGGGGGGAAGAUAAGCAAAGCCUUUGGGAAACUCUGCAAAAUUGUCAAGGAGAAAGUAAGAGGCCCCAAAGAACCCACACCUGAGCCCUCCCUUGACCUCUACACCAAAGGACGGCAUGUGCUGGUCACAGGGGAUGCCAGUUAUGUGGACCCUGAGUUCCAUUCCUCCUCCAUCCCAGCCAGAGGUGGGGUGGUAGUUUCCAUUGAUGAAGAUGCUAUGCAUCAUGAUGACCAUGUGGAACCAUCUCCUGAGCAGCCCACACCACCUUUGGAGGAUGGACCAGGGAGUUCCCAGGAGAGGGAAGGUGGGCACUCCAGCAACGAGCAGUCUACAGACAAGGAGAAUGAGACAAAUGCCAAAGAACUGAAAGAUCCCAGAGAGAAAGGUGAUGGCCAGAAGGAAGAUGAGGGGUCCAGAAAAACUUGCCCUAUGAUCAUGCCUGGUCCAGAGGGAUCAUCUACACCCCAUUCUCAAAGGAUUGGAGCCAAUCAAGGUAGAUCAGAGGGCCCUGGGAGAAAGAGCAGCAGCCUGCUGGAAAAAAGUUCUCCAAAGGCCUUGGCUUUUAAGAAGGUGGAGGUAGUGGAAUCCAUUGAGAAGAUGUCAACAGAGAGCAUUCAGACGUAUGAAGAGACUGCAGUAAUUGUGGAGACAGUGAUCGGAAAAACAAAGGUCAACAAGAAAUUGGGAGAGAAGACCUCCUGA